AUGUCCGCUCCUCCACCCUCCCUCCUCGAUCCCUCCAUCUUCUCCUCCCUCGAAGCCAAGCUCCAAGAAGAGACCCAAGUCCGCGACACCCUCUCCCAACUCGUCCAGCGCCUCGACCGCGCCGUCGCCACAGCCCAAGGCCUGCUCUCACGAGUCCACUCGACGCCUCGCGCACGCUACCCCGCCCUCGUAGCUCAAGUCGAAGCCGCCGUCAAAGAAGAAGCCGCCAUCAUCAGCGAGCUCGAAAAAGUCGCCUCUCAGCACCCUUUCUACAAAUACAACCAAAAAUGGAACCGCUCCAUCCAACACGCCAUCGGCACAACAAUCUACUGCGCCUGGCUCGGCGGCUUUCCCUCAUCCUCACCCUCAUCCUCAUCUGAGCCUGAAGCAGCCUCCAAGCCAGCAGCCGAGAUAGGCCGCCUCCUCACUCUCGAAGAAGUCGGCGCCAUCUUCUCAGUCCCAACAAACCUCAAAGACCGCGACGCAUUCCACCUCACCAUAGAAGAAUACCUCCUCUCCCUCGUCGACCUCACCCAAGACCUCUCCCGCCUCGCCACAAACGCAGUCACCCUCGGCGACUUCCAGCUGCCCCUCACCAUCAGCGCCUUCGUCAAGGACCUCUUUGCUGGCUUCCAGCUGCUCAACCUCAAAAACGACAUUAUCCGCAAGCGCGCCGACAGUGUCAAGUACGAGGUCAAGAGGGUCGAGGACGUCGUCUACGACUUGAGCCUUAGGGGCUUGAUCCAGAGACCAACGGCUGGCGAUACCGAGAUGGAGUCUGCUUGA